GGCACAGAUGAUCAGGAAAGCGAUGUGGAGGAAAUCAUAGAGACAUCAACUGAAAAAAGGAGAAGACUUGCAAAGCAAUAUAUUGAAUCCAUUAAGGAAGGUUUAGGUAUUGUAUAUUUCUCGGGACUUUUUGUUUGUAAAACUUGCGAAUUAUACAUUAUGAUAAUUAUUAACUCGAUUGUAGAUGAAACUGGCUUUGAUGCAGAGGAAAUUGAUCGAGAUCUAAUUGCUGAACGAUUACGAAAAGAUGUGCUGGAACAAACGGGACGAGCUCAUCGUAUAAUAGCUGAUACGUUACAUGUAUUCCCGGGUGGUCGGAAAGAAAUAAAGAAAUUUGAUGGUCACACGAACCAUGUUUUGGCUUUAGCAGUUAGUUCUGACGAAAAUUAUAUGGGCCUUGUAUUCCGUAAAGGGAAUAAUCAAUUAUAUAGUGCUUCUCAAGAUCGUACAAUUAAAGUGUGGAAUAUCGAUGAAUUAUAUCGCACAUGUAGGUUAUGGAAAAUUGUAGAAGGAUCGCAAUUAGUAUUUCGUGGUAGCACCAAAAUUGCAACAGAAGAUGGUCAAACAUUUAAGGAAGGAAGUUUGGAUGUUAUUACCAUGAUCGAUGAGGAUAAUUUCCUUAGUGGUGGUGAUAGCGGUGAAGGCUCCAUUAAAACUCCAUAUUGGAUAACUGCAUUAGCUACCGUGAGAUAUUCUGACUUUUUCGCUUCUGGAUCAUGGGAUGGAAACAUUCGCCUUUGGAAAUUGAUUGAUAACAUUCAUUCUUUCGUUCCGCUGGCGGAAAUUCCGUUGGUCGGAUUUGUAAACGCUUUACAAUUUGUAACCAUAGAGAAUAAAACUUUUCUUCUAGCAGGUGUUGGUCAAGAACAUAAACUGGUAUUUGAACGGUGUGUUUUAGAAAUCAU